CUUUCUCGUCCACUUCGCGACAUGACAAAAUUACUCAGGGCCUCUUGUAACUUCACGGUCCUGAAAAUAUCUAUUGAGUCUUACCAGGGGCUUAAACUUUGCGCCAAACGCCCUCAACUUUGGUGUGUAUGCCAUGAUCACACAAGGGACCCCCCUUCCCCCACAUGUUCAAAACAACAUCAACUGAUGCAUGAGGGGAAAACCCUUGUGGUCUGAGGCAAAUGUUUGUGGCAAUAUCGCGCACGUCAUCUGGGUCACGAGUUGUGCGAGAAACUGCCAACCAUGUCGCAAUCCUCCGUCAGUUCAAUAAUCAGUGGAGAAGCAUCGAGGCCUUUAUUCACCGAGGCGAACGCCUUGUCAUUUGCAAAGGGCGUUAUUCCGCCUCUCCUUAUUUCACCUCGUUUCGAUGAAUGGAAAGCAACAAAGAGAAGGUUUGACAGCAGCAUUCACAACUCCUCACGUCCAAUCUCACCGCCUGCCCCUAAACGUCCGAGGCUUGACCCGCAGAUUCAAAGUCACCAGAAUUAUGCACAUUCCACAAACAUAAAGUCCAGAUAUCCUAGAUCAGAGCAUAUCACAGUGGGCCGAGACAAGGCUCGUUACCCUGUCAACUCAGCUCCAAGCAUGCGCACCCGUUAUUCGCGUUCGGAGUCUUUUGAUGCGCAAUUAAGUCAGCUAGGAUACGAUGCUGCACAUCGGCCGUCGCCAUACGGUCCACUGAAAGCGAGUCUUCGGCGUGAAGACCUGGUAACGAACCCGUCAGCACCAAGACAAAGCAGCAGGCCAAUACCGACGGCACCGAAAGCGAUGCUGAAAUAUCAGACGUUUCAACAGACUGAGCAAAUGUACACAGCACGUGAUCCGCAAAGUUGGCAUCCUCCACGACCGAAUGCACAUGCGCCGCCAGCAUCACUCAUAGUCAAGCCUAGAGUCAGUACGCGGGACGAUGGUCACUCAUCUUUGAGUUCACCCGUAUUCGAAAACAAAAGUUUCUCCAAUGUGGCAGCAAUACUUGGGGAUUCACUUUCUUCUCUAGAUGCACUCCACUCUUCAGGCCAUGCAUCAUCGAAUGGCGCGGCAACACCGUCCGAGAUAUCUUCUGUAGCACCAUCUAGCGGAAAGUGUAUCAAUUGUCGGUUCCCGCUUACUAAUAACCCAACGUUGUUCUGCAACGAGUGCCAGAGGAGUUUUCAUGAACAAUGCAAGAAGGAUUCAAUCCAUUCUGCCCUUGGGUGGACAUGUUUGAGAUGUGUAAAGAGAGAGGCUAGGAAACUUCGCACGACCAAAGGGCCAGGUGCUGCUGCUGGCAGCAACACAGCCGCUUGUAAUCCUCUGUACCCGUCUCAGUCAUACGAAAAAACCCCUAAGCCAGAUGGGGUAGCUCAGAAUCAAGAUACCAAGCAGGCUUCGGAAAACUCGAGAACAAAUGUUUCGUCGACGUUAGAAAGGAGUUGGGAUGCAACGCGCCAUAUACCACAUGAAGAGCGAAAUACUUGCUAUGAACUUGUUCCCACGCCUUCGAGCAAUAUGCCGACGCAAGCUCGGGCAAGGCCCUCAUUACCUUUUCCAGAAAGGCCAGUGUUGUUGCGUGAUGCAGAAAUCAAGCCUGGCGGUAAUGCCUUUGUCAACGGCAUUCGAUUCCGCGAUUGGAGCAAUGCUCCUACAUCCUCUCCUGUCCGACAGCUGGGAAUUGCACAUCUGCCGUCUCGACCUGCUUCAAAGGGCUCGGAGACAGAAGCCUCGAUGGAUCUGAGCGAUGAUCUGACUGAGUUUCCUCAGAGUGAGUUAAUCACUUCAACACCAUUGUCAAAAUUCAAAAUAGAUGCGGCUGCAAAACCGGGUGAAGGCCAUGGAGAAUCAAAGACGCAGUCAAGUCCGGUUGAAUCACAGACGACUAUACGUUCGCUGGAAAGGUCUACUGCUUACCCUGUCUCGUCUGGAAUACAGUGCGAACAAUUACCUGGCGGCCCAGCGCUUUUCGAGUCAACGCAGAUCAGUUCAAGUAGUGGACCUCGUGCCGAUGGAACGUCGCCAAGCAAUGAGAGAAAGCUACCACAGGACGUGAAGCUUAAGCAAAAGACAGCCUCAAGUCUAGAGCAACACGAACAUGACGCGGAUCUUAAGUUCAAGCCUACAGGGGUUCGUGGCUGGAGUCGUCAUUUCGAGCUUGCGGGGUGCGAGAGCCCUUUUCAAGACGGCGGAUUUCGAAAUGAGAAGCUCAAUCACUGCGAAGAUUUGUACAAGCUCUUUGGAAAAUGUCCAUGGGAUCUGGUCGAUCAUACUCUGCGUCCUAGGAGAUAUUGUAUCAAACUCCUCAGAGCGUUGUCGAAUCUAAAGACAAUACUCAAUCGCUUCGACAAUGCGAAUCAAUGCCUUGCAACGCUCGAGAAAUUCAUUGAGGAACGUCAAGAGAGGAAUAAGUCUGCGAGAUUGGUGCCUCUGAACAUGACAAGCGGGGAUGUGGAGGCUUUUAUUGUUGCUGUCGGGCAACGGCCCAUAAAGCAUAUUGCAGUUGCUGACGGCUUUGGUGAAAACGAUAUCCACCACGCAAAAGAGCCUGCGAAGAAAUUGACGGAAACCUUACCUGAUACGCCAGAGCAGCAGGAUAGGUUGAAACGAAAUAAUCAUAUGUCGAGACAAUCAGCUGCCGCACGAAAAACUGUUGUGUCGAACGAAGCUCAUUCUAUAAGCGAAGGAAAACCGUCGAGUGAAGAAAUUACUGGUUCACUUCCCUUGACAGACAAAAAUAUACGAGAAGCACAAGGUAGACCAGCAAAGGAUAAAGCGGAUGCUAACAAUCCAUCAUCACUGAUUGAGCCGCAUGUUUCAGAGAUUUCCGACUAUUCAGAAACAAGAUAUGCCCAUCUCAUCAAAGGCAAAGCUGGUGAACGAACUAUUCUACUUCAUGAAGUUGAGCAGUAUUUAAACGAGGCAGUAUCUCAAUGGGCCGCCCUUAAAGGCAGACUCCAAGAGCUCGAGCCCGAGGCCCGCGAACUAUACUUGAGUCUCCGGGCACUAGGAGACGGACACUCUCCCGUAGAAAGGUCAAAAUGGCUCCACAAUGCUAUUGUGUGGGCGUUCGGCCAACUCAGGUCGAAGGAUGAAAAGUAUUUUCAUGAAAUUCCGCUGCAAAAUCGAGGCCCUUUAACGAACACGCCAGGAUGGCGACAUGAAAAUGGCGAUCAUCGUCUUUUCGAAGGGCAGCUACUCACUAGACAGCAAAUGGAUCACGUUCAUGGUGGGAAUGCUGAUAUAUUAAUUACAGGAACUUCGCAGUCUGCUCAAGGCGUCCUACCUACAGCGUCUGAAAAGUUGACUGGCAUUGACAGCAAAGACAAUAACGAACAGGGUUACGUCAACGAAAAUGUGACUCCAACGAAGCCAGGCGAUGUGGCUACGAGGAGAAGGAGCUCCUCCCCUGUAGAGGAAAAGCGCAAUUCUGAAUUCCGCAGGGAUUCCUGCUCGAGGAUUGAGUCAUUCGGAAGACUUACGACACAGAAUGAGGCUCGCACGAACGAAGUAUCAUUUCAACUGAUUAAGAACGUUCCAUUGGCCGACACUGCUGAGCACAACCGUGAAGCAGGAGAUCUUUCCGAAUCAAGCGAGCUCUCAGACCUGGAAAAAUCGCCUGAAGCGCCCGACGAGCUUUUGAAUGGGGAAAAUCCAGCCAAAGUAUUCGAGCGCGAGGCAUCUAAGAAUACACGUAAGCUAAGCGAUGGCGAAGAUCGACCAUCGCAGUCGUCAGAGCCCAAUCAAACGACAACUCGGCAUGCUAGUAAACCAAUUAAGUUGGUCACUGAUUUCACUUUCCGAGAAUUACUUUUGCUUGCUUUGUACAUUGAACCAAGACGUAUGCACGGCGAUAAUGUGGAUCUACCUCGAAUGACGUCCAAGGCCAUAUUCGAAUUUGUUCAAAGGAUGUUCCCCCAGCUCAGCCACCUUAAGAAUCAGUCUCAUAUUGAUAGCUUUUACAACAGCCUUGCGGCACAGUGCUCUACGCAUGUUUCAAGAGGUGUUCUUGCUAAAUCAACACAAAUUGACCAUUCUAACAAGAAGACGUACACUGUCUAUUACGCUGACACUUCGUCUGGCAAAUUUUUGAGUCCUACGCAUCUGGCGCUUUUACGAGAAAGAUGGCUUCAACAUCUUGCAGAACACCCACACGUUCUUAGAAAUGAGGGCGGCUUAUCGCCACGUAAACGUGGCCUUGAAGGUCUAGACACUAUUCAGUCGAGGAGUCUGCAACGAGAAGAAUCACCGGCAACGAAAUCGCAAACAACAACAUUAGCGUCAACAUGGAAAUCGCCCAAAUCAUCAAAAAGUCAACUGGGAUUGCGAGCUGCACGCAAGAAUAAUAUGCUGGCUCUUCGGUCGAUGAAAACGUCCAUAGAAGAUCCGCCGCUGACAACAAGAACCACCCUUUCUGCCUCAAGAAUGAAGAUUCCAGAUUCACAGGAAACCGCUCGCCAAAGAGAUCAAGGCUUGUUUGUAUUAUCCACGUUCUCAAGCUAUGUUAACACAGACGAUGAAGAAUUGUCGCUAUUAAAGGCGUUACCCGUGAGUAAACCUGAAAAGGAUGAGCCUCGUCCUUUCAGUCCGGAUCCGCUUGACGAGUUGCUGGAAACAUCGAAAAAAGCAAAUGCUGAAGAACAGGAUCUUUUGGACUUGUUGCCAACGAUAUGUGCACAAGAGGCCGCUAGCGACGCCGCGAAAUUAGCCCAAAAGAAUUUUGAAGUCAAAGACUUUUUCGCACAUUGGCCUGAACAUCAUUCUAGCCAUGUGUUGCUGGAUUCAGUAGGCAAAUUGAAGGAAAUAGGAACAAGGCCAAAUAGGCGACAAAUGCUUGGUCUUCCGUAUCGGCGUCCGAACGCAAUCACGGUCUAUCGUCCAUAUGGAGAGCAAAGCCAACUGCGUGUAAUCCCCUCCAACGCUGUGUCACUCGAAUCUAUUUCUUCGGACGCAGGUUCAUCGAGGAAGAAUAGCUCUCCGCGGAAGCGGAGAAGAGUGCGAGACGACAGCAAUAUCUAUGCAGCAGAUAUUGAUGUCACAGCUCUUGAAGUCACAGCAAGCGCUCCUGAAAAGCAAGUAGAUACAUGGCAGGAGGCACUAGGUCUUCCGCAGGAGCUUGUGCCUGGAUUUGUGACCGAUUUAACGUCUAGAAAAGGGAAAAGGCUUGUUUUGGAGGUGCCCAGUGCUGUGAGAGGGAAGUCGAGGAAUUGGUUCAAGGCGUUGCUCCCUGACGGAUAGAUCUUCCAUAUUAAAACUUGGACAAUCAAGUUUGUAGUCUGCAUUAGUAUCAAUCAUGGAGAAUUUCGGAAUUUCGUGUGGCCGAGGCCCAGCAUAAGCAACGAACUAGUCAAAACGUAAUGAAGUCGGAUUGUCGAGGGAAAGUAUGCAAAGAAAUGCGAGGAUGCGUG